AUGUCAAAUAACGCAGAGCUGUCGGAACCGAUGGCCGAACUGGCACAGUACCAAUACCGUUCGCUCAUGCUAGGGAUGAACUACGUUCGGUUGCUUCGCCUACUGCCAAGUGAACAGAAGGGUGCCGUUAUGGAAUGUCAACUCUUCGAAUACACAUCGGAGUCGGCCGAAGCGGUACAUCUAUACGAAGCUUUAUCUUACGUUUUGGGGCGAUCCAGAGGAAACUGUGUCGAUUGUUCUCUGAUACGUCUUCGAGAUAACUCACUCGACCGCAUUCUGUGGAUAGACGCCAUUUGCAUCAACCAAGCUGAUGACCGGGAGAAGGAGCAACAGAUUCAGCUAAUGCCUAUAAUCUAUGGUCUCGCCAAUACCGUAGUUGUUUGGCUUCUUGGCAAGGCAAAGAACGCUUACGAACACGAAGACGACCAAAUACUCGAAGAUCUACGCGUCAUUGCGGACACAGGGCGUGCAGAUCACCUAGGCGACCAAAUUUUGCAGUGUAGAAUCCUGAGACUGCUCGACCGGCCAUGGUUUCGCCGCAUGUGA